AUGUCGUAUAUUUCAAUAUUUGAAUGUUUACCGAAUGAAUUAAUUAUUGGUAUUUUUGAUUAUUUGGAACCAGAAGAUAAUUUUCAAUCAUUUUUUAAUUGUAAUAUUCGUCUUCGAAAGUUAGUCAAACAAUAUGUAUCAUACAAUCGUCAUGAACUUGAUAAAGAUAUUACAAGAUUUUCAACGUUACAUAGUUGGUAUAAACAUUUGAAUUUUAUUAAUGGUGGUGUAAUAUUCUAUUUAGUGCCAUUAAAGGGUGAACAAGAACGUUAUGAAUUCGAUCCACGUAUUUCAGAUUAUAAUGGUAUUCAUUGGCAUUUCACAGAAGGGAAAACUAUGUCACUACCUGAUAAACGAAUAAAGAGAAUUAGUCGAAAAUAUCCAAUUAAACUUAAUCCAAUAUUUGCUACUCAUGGACAAGGUUUUUCAUUUUUUGGGAAAGAUAGUCGAGAUUUUAUUCGUCAUUAUUAUCCAUCACAAUUUGAAUUCUUGACAACGACUCUUUUUUGUGAAUUAUAUAUGAGUAUGCAUAAAGACUAUGAAUAUUCCGAAGAUAUCAGAACAAUACGAAAAUCUAUCAUCGAAAAUGAACGUAAACGUUUACGAAAUGUUAUACGACAAGCUGCUCAUUCUAUAUGGAAAGAAAUACAAGCGUUAGAAGAUAUUAAUAUACUUGAUAUUAUGUAUGGUCAACAAACGGCAGGAUCAGUUAUAAGAGUAUCGCUUAAUGAACUUGAUUUAUUACGAUAUAAAUAA